GCUAACUACUUGCCCCUUCCUUCCUUCCUGCCCCGAUCUCUCUGCGGUCUACGGAGAGGCAAGCUGGGAUCCACCCCAGCCAAACCCUCCUCCCAUGGAGAACUUCCAGAAGGUGGAGAAGAUCGGCGAGGGCACCUACGGCGUGGUCUACAAAGCGAAGAACAAAGUCACCGGGGAGGUGGUGGCGCUUAAGAAAAUCCGCCUGGACACGGAGACUGAAGGCGUCCCAAGUACAGCCAUCCGGGAGAUCUCCCUGCUAAAGGAGCUGAACCACCCCAACAUUGUCAAGUUGUUGGAUGUGAUCCACACUGAGAACAAGCUCUACCUGGUCUUUGAGUUCCUACACCAGGACCUCAAGAAGUUCAUGGAUUCGUCGUCUGCAAUCAGUGGCGUAGAGUUGCCCCUUACCAAGAGCUACCUGUUCCAGUUGCUGCAGGGACUAGCCUUCUGCCACUCUCACCGCGUGCUCCACCGAGACCUGAAGCCACAAAACCUCCUCAUCAACGCAGAGGGAGCGAUAAAACUGGCUGACUUUGGGCUCGCUCGUGCGUUUGGCGUGCCUGUGCGAACUUACACGCAUGAAGUGGUGACUCUCUGGUACCGAGCUCCAGAAAUUCUCCUUGGCUGCAAAUACUACUCAACGGCUGUGGACAUAUGGAGUCUGGGUUGCAUCUUUGCAGAGAUGAUAACCCACAGAGCCCUCUUCCCUGGGGACUCGGAAAUCGACCAGCUGUUCCGCAUCUUCCGCACCCUCGGCACGCCGGACGAGACUGUGUGGCCAGGUGUCACUUCUAUGCCCGACUACAAAUCCAGCUUUCCCAAGUGGGCCCGGCAGGACUUCAGUAAGGUAGUGCCACCUCUGGAUGAGGAGGGCAGGAAACUCCUAGCGCAAAUGCUGCAUUACGACCCCAACAAGAGGAUCUCGGCCAAGACCGCGCUCAACCAUCCCUUCUUCCGGGAUGUCACAAAAGCCGUGCCACACCUCCGCCUGUGAGAUGAGAGGAGAGUGGGGCCAUCAAACCUGUCCUCUGGCAAACUCAGCAGCCCGUCCCUUCUUGGAUUGCGCCAGGUGCCUGCACUUAGAAAAGACUUUUCUCAACCUCACCCUGAAUGGAAAACUGGAGGUCCAGCCCACACCUUUGGGGUUGUUUUAUAUUUACUCCUGGGUUUAUUUUAAAGUACUAGCUGAGUGUGAAGGGUGCCUCCAGACUGAUUUUCCAUGAGAAGAGAGGCAGAAGCCCCCAGAGCCAGCCACUGCAGGAAGUCUUAAUUGCUCAGGAGGCUACAUUGUCAUUCCUUUUUAAAAAAAAAAACAAAACCCCAGGAUUUCUGUCUCUUUUCCCUUGGUAACUUUUACAAAGCGUCUUCUGUACUGUCGUGACUCGCUCAAUUCCAACUUCCUCUGCAAAGGUCAGCUGUGCAUUUGCUUGAGCGGUCCUUGCUUCCAGCAGCCAGAGAUGGCGUCUUUCUGAUUCGGAUCAUGGGUAUUGGUUGCUGCUUUCAUGAUUAAGUCCUCCUGGUGCUGGCAGAGGUGCUGACCAUUUCCUUUCAGAUGGGAUCCUCAAUGAGGACUAUGCACUUAACUAUCCACUUUUCACAAGCAGCAAUAUUUCCUUUUGUUAAGGAGCUGAGCAAUGCCUGCAAUAUACGAACGUGAUAUUCCUCAUUGCACCAGCGAUAGCAGUCAAGAGUGUCUGGUAGCCUUUUCCUGAUGGACUGUGUUUUGUGAUGCUUGCUGGUUGAAGCCCACAAGAAGCUCUUGGAAAAAGAAGUUGGACUGUCAAAGCUCAUAAGGACAGCUUGCUAACCAGCCACAUGACCACUGUCUGUAUAUUCAUUGGGGGCAAUGGACAUUACCCUAUUCACUUUCCAAUAUUUUACUGUCUUGUCUCCUGUACGUGCCUUUCUGGUCUGUGGCAUUUUGUUACAAGCCUUUCCAUCUGUGUGGGUGAGUGGCCGAUUUAAUGAAUGAGGUGGGAAAUAUUGCAGAAGCUUUGCCCUUCUGUACUUAUCUGCAACGGGACUUUCAGUUCAUUGCUCUUUGGGCUCAAACUUAUUUUUGGUAAACUAGCAAAGCCCUCAGCUGGAAUGAAUCUGCCAAGUAGCUUUGUCUUCAAGCAGUGUGUUGUGUGAAAAUAGAUUGAUAACAAAAAUUGUGUGCGAGUGCUUGUUAAUUUUUUGAAGUUGAGGUGCAAGAAUAUUAAAGGGAUAAAAUUGCAGUUA